ACAGUAAACACAGACUGGAGGGGUUUGUCAAAGCUGGGGGCAGAUACUGAAUGUGGAAAAGUCUUUGUUUGCAGUGUGUGUCUUUCAGCCAGCUGAUGUGAGAGAGCUUGGUCUGGGCAGUUGUUGCCCUGCAGCUGGCUGAGCCAUGGGGAACGAGAGCAGCACGACUGAGGAGUUGCCAGAAGAGGGCGCUCCAGAAAAUGUUGUUCUGUUUCCACCAAAGGAAAAUCAAAAUGACUCCCUACAGACCGAAGCUCACGCUGAGACCCAGAGGGACGACAGAGCCCUGCUGACUGAAUCCUCCGCCAGCCUGCUGUCUCAGCCAGUGCUCCCAGACGUCACAGUCAUCACCGGAGUGGAGGAGAGCAGCGGCGGAGUGUCCGACCAGGAGGACAAGGAGGAGCUCGAGUUUCCUCAUGACCUGCUGCCCAGUUUAGAUUUCAGCAGUGAGCUCAACAUCUGGGAGUCCUCGCUGGGAACUCACAGUAGCUCAGGUGAGCAAAAAUGUGAGCAGAUGAACCCUCUGCUGGCUGGUCUGCAGAAUCACACGGAAGUCAGUCAACCACUGGCGGUUCUAGACAAAAGGCCUCGUGGCUGUGACCCAGAUAUCGCAGAUGUCUGUCCUGCGUCUCAGCCUGCUGCCACACCUUACCCAGGCAGACCCCUGACCCCUUCUGCGUCCGCGUUCUUAGACCAAGAACUCCAAGAGGCUUUCCAGGAAUGCGAAGAGCAAAUGGCGUCACUGGGCAUACUCACUCCCUCAGAGCCCCCCAGCACAGCGCCUGAGACGGUUAACGAUGCCGGGAAGACAACUGGGGAAGUGAUGGUUAAUGAAUCCAGUGAGUCAUCGUCACCGCCUCCAAUCGUAGUCCAGCCAGGACAUAGCAACGGGGCCCAUGGAAACAAGAAUACAGAUGGAAACAGUGAGGCUGCAAACAGUCUGAAGGAUACAGUUGUGUUUAGUUUUAGGAAUUACAUACUGGGCACUGAGAGUAAUGCUGGGGCAACGGAGAUGGAGAGUGAAAUUACAGCAACUCAGAGCCUGGAUAAAUGUUCAGAGAUUAAGCCAGAAAAAGCAACAGAGAUAGAUGAACAGAAGGAAACUCCCCCGCGUAUACAAUUAGAAAAGGCAGCAUAUUCAUUUGAAGAGCCUCCAAAACACGCUGUGUUCACUGAGCAGAGGGACUAUUUAAAAGAGGAACGUGUUGAUUCUAAUGCAGCGACGGAGGAAAAUAGCCCUGUAGACUGUGAAAGAAAGAAAGGAACAAUGGUAAUGACAGAGACUGCAAAUAUAAUGAAAGAAAAUUGUAGUAAUGAGUCCAGUAUUAACGUUUGUAUAGUUGAAACAAAGGCAGAUGAUUCGACUAAAGAAACAUCAGAAUCUAACACUCAUUUAAGGGAUAAAGCGACGUUGUCAGAGUUGCAGUCAGAAGCACAGACAGGAACAGACAAGUGCAUUGAGGAGUCAAAAACAGAAAAACAGACGAGUUCAGCAAGUGACAAACAGGCUGGGCAGAACAAAGAAGCAAAGAAAAGGAAAAACAGGAAGAAGAAAAAGAUGGAGAGGAGUGCAGAGAUUGAACAGAAAGAAAAGACAGUAGUACAAUCUGAAAAUGAAGCACAGGAUGCAGUGUAUCGUACAGAUUCCCCUGAAAAUGUCAUGUCAGUGUCACAGGCUCAGACUGCAAUUUGUGAUGAACAGCCUGAUAAUAGGUUUGAUUACAAGCAGCAGCUGAAUCCCGAGGGAAAGCUCGUCUCCAGUCCCCCACUAUCAUCCCAGGAUCAUCUUACUGCCUCAGCCUGUUCACCUGCUUCCAACGAGGCUCUUUUGCUGAGACCCCAUCAGUCAGAUAACCACAACCAUAUGGGUAUCCCAAGUAGCAUGAAUCACAGCUCCAAUGACAACCCACAGAGGGAGCAACAAGUAACCGGAGGUGAAGCCAGUAACCAAAAUACACCCAUGACACAUGUCCAAACUGCAGCUAUCAACCCAGCUGCCUCUGGUGAUAAGAGAUCAGAUGUACAAACACAAGAGGCUACGGUUACAGAAGCAAAAAUACUCACACAGGAGAAUCAAAGCCCACUCUCCGACAGCCAAACGUGUGUGGGAGAGAGUUGCGUGGAGAGUGCCCUUGAAGUGGUGGUAACUGCGUUGCCACUGACAACACCCACAUUGCCAGAAGUGAUAGAAAGCAAGGGAGAGGGAGAAAGCGUGAGGAGUGAUUUACUGGGUAGAGUAGCUACGGUAGCAAUUGCAGAGAGUGAGGAAGGAGGAACAGCACUGAGAGGAACAGAAGAGUGCCUCGGCUCUGCAGACGGAGAGAAAGACAAACUCCUGGAUAGCCCUCCUCAGCUCUCACUAAUCUGUUCACGGGCAAAAUGCUCACUUGCAUUCUCGGCCAAAGAGGGACAGGCUGCAUCUGAGGAAAGCUGCAGCAACAAAAUGCCACACAACUCGGCCGAGACUGAAAUUAAGGGACCGAGGGAGACAACCAUUCGUAGUUCAGACACAGAGAUCUCGCCAGCUGAAGAGGGAGACACUGAAAAGGAGCUACCCCAGUCAGAAGCUUUCAUCAAUACCUCUCCCUUUGGGCAACUCACUGGUUCUGAUUGUCAGGAUCACAGGGCUGCGGGAUCGGAGAGAGCAGGAGAGAGAGCAGGAGGAGGAGGAGGCGAGGAGGUGGGAGAGAAAGGAGGGCUGGCUAGAGAGCACAGUUCAUUCAGCCAGCCAGAAGGCUCUGCUUGUGGGGUGUCAUCAGCCGAGACUGAAACGUGUCCGCCCACCGAUGUUGCCGAGUCACAGCUGAAGUCACAGAGCUGGAGUGAGCCGAUUGCUACCAUCACUGAGAGCAUCUGCACAGAACAGGAGCGUCUCUUUCACCCCCGCCAGGAGCAGUGCGGCGCAGCAAUUUCACCUCUCCCCUCUCAAACUGAACAGAGCUCCGGCAAUACUAAUGGAGGGGUAAGGGCUGAUCUCGAGCAGAAUUUGAUUUCGGAGGAAGCGCUGUCUUUGGGAUACAUUGGUGAGGAGUCAUCCAUCACAGAGACAAACUCCGGCCAAGUCUUCCUGCCUUUAAUCUCACCCCAGCCUUUGACUACUUCACAGCAAAUCCCAGACAAGCAACAAGCAAGCAGCAAUCAACAGGUUCAGCCUAGUAGCUCAACAGAAGCGAGGACAGUCGAAAGUGCAGCCGACUUCCAAGUUGAAGCCCGUACCCAGAGCAACAGUGGUAGCCCUGCUAUGUCUGGAGUGGGUGUGUAUUUAUGUGGCAGCAGUGGAGGUAAUAACAGAGUUCACUUUGCAGACAAUGUGGAUCUCAUCAGCAUGUCAGUCCCAGCUUUGGACUGUGCCUCUUUGCCUCCACUGACUGUUCACGAGAGUUUGCACCAUCCUGUUGUUGAGGUCAGUUACACGUUCCCAGACUUUCUCUGCUCGAAGAAACCAGAUAUCCCCACAAAUCCAGCUCCCACCAAGGAUGAAGCAGCAAUACAGAGCUCAACUGACUUUCCAAAGCCACAGAAGAACAUCCAGGUGGAUAAAGGAGAUGUGGGAACUAAAGAUACCAAGGAGAACAUUGCCAUAGAUCUUUCAGGUAAUGACAACUUGGAGAAGGACACUGUAGAUUUGCAGGCAGUGACCGAGGAUUCCUUAAAACCGCUUCCAUGUCCUACUGAGAAGAAUGAAGCAGGAAAAACUAUUUCUGAGGCUGAUCAUCUAACAGCUGAGCAGGUGACAGCAAAGGUGACAGAGAAAAAAGAGGUGGAAGAACAGAAAGGUGCAGAAUAUUUGGCAAAGGAGGAGGAGAUUGAUAAGUUACAUGCUGAGUCUAAAGCCUCCAUUAAGACUGACCAGCUUCAGGAGUCACCUUUAACGAGUGAUGUUACUGUCUCUCAAAAAAAAGAAGUGAACCAGCAUCCUCUUUCCUCAAGUUUUGUGCUUCCAGCAGACGAUGUUCAUUGCAAGCCUUUAAGUGAUGUCACCUCUGCAUCCCCUGUUGAGCAGCUACAUGCUGAUCUCGUCAGUAGUUCGAAAUCCAACAGCGUGACCUUGACCUGUGCGGCCUCUCUUCAGACGAAACCAAGUGAUCCAAGUCAUCAGCCUCCCACCCAAUUAGUUGAAACACCUCCCAGUGGACUUGCUAACAUAGAUCUCAUAAAGGUUAGUGAUGGGCCUAUUUCUAAAACUGACUCUGCUGAUCUGACAAAGGAUGAUUCAGUGACUUCAGAAGCGACAGCCUCUUUCCAGUCGAGUCCUGCUGUUGGACAAUGUGCCAGCACUCCUACUUUUGUGCUGCAGCCUCCUGGCCCGAUGUUGAGUCACUUGGAGUUCAUUACAGACUGUGAUAUAAUUCUUCCUGAACAGACAGAUGGUGAUGAUGACAGCAUCAACGUCUCCAGAGAGGUGGAUGGGGAUAAGAGCAGGAAAAUGACCCAAACGUCUUCAGCGCAGGGUCAGGACUGCGGUGAUGUCAGCGUUAAAGCAGAUGAAAUUUGUUCAGCACUGGUGGAUAGAAACAAUGCUACAGAGUCUGUUCCUGAACUUCAAAAUUUUGUUAUCAAUAAUGUAAAUAUUUCGUUUUCUCAAGAGGAAAUUCUGCCUCCUCCAGCCGAACCUCCUGGUGCAGUUCGUGCACUGGCAAAGGGUGAAUCUGAUAAUAUAACAUCUCUCUCUCACGCUGAGCCAGAAUCUAUUGAACCUGUUAUUUGUAAAGCAUCCAUUAGGGAUGACCUCAUAAAUGUCAGCUGCUCGCUCAGCCCUGAUCUGCCUACCAAUGAGACUCAUGAUAAAAUUAAACAAGAUAAUAUGAAAGAAAAACAAAAGUUGGGAGAUCAGACCUCCAAGUUUGAAGAGGAAAGAAAACAAGUUGAAGAAGCAACAGUGGACAAUCAAAAGGAAGCAGCAGACACCAGCGAGCUGCGGACAGGAAAGACAGGCACAACGCCACCACAGAGUAAUGGACCAGAUAAAGAGGCUGUAGAGGAAAUUGGAGCCCCGCAGCCACCACAUAAGCAUAAAGUACAAAAGACUGAGUCACCAUUAGGGGAUAUAAAGAAGGAAGGAGAAAGGAGGAGGAGUUUUGCAUUUAAAAGCGAGCCAGAAAGUUGCUCCUUAUCUCCCAGUGGAUCUCCAGGGUCAUCGGAGGACAUGCUACAUGCUGAGGUUGAGUCUAGUAGUGCACCUCAGACUGUUUAUGACCAGAGUUUAUGCCAAACUCUGACAGCAACACUGGAAUGCAGCUCUGACACCGGCACUGCACCAGAUUUGUGUGCAGCUCUUGGCCAAUCACAGUCCACACCAGAUCCAAACUGUUUUGCGCAGCAACAAGAGCAACAGCAGCAGCGUCUGGGAUCCAGACAUCCCACAGAGGACUUGUCAGGUGGCUGUCUACAGGGGAGAGAAAUGACCCAGUGUGCAGGAGGAAAGGGGGCAGCAGAGGAAGGCGAUGGCUCUGUUGGGAAUUUGUGUCAAUCAGGAAGCAAGGAUAAGUUGACAGGUGAUGAUAGCAGUGGCAAUGAGGGAGCGAUAGCUCAAGAGAAAGGCGAGGGACUACAAGCUUUAGCUGGAGUUGAUGGGGUGCAUGUGCCGUCUCACCUUGCCGGUGAUUUAAAUGAGAGCGCAAGGGCUGCCGAGAGAAAUGCCUCAGCUGACACAGGGAUAGCAAUAGAUUGCCCUCAUAUAGGUGAGACAAGACAGGGAAUAGAUGAGAAUAAAAGCCCCGAUUUAGGGGUAGGUGGGUCAGCUACAGAUUUAAUGCCAGACAUUGAGUUUGUGAGUGAUCUCAAUGGUAAAGGUCAGCAAAAAAGCAAUCUAUCAGCUGCCUGUCAAGACCAAUAUAGAAAGGCUGAGACGUCAAAGAACACUGUUGUAUCUGUUGAGCCGACUUCACAGGAACAUGUGAUUUCACCUGGUCUCAGUUCUGUUUCAUCAAAGGUCAGCACAGGUAGCUAUGACAUUCAAACAGACAUUAUUGCAAGCUCAAACCAGACGGAAGAAAUUCCUACAAAGUUAUUCAGUACUGUGCAAGAUCCUGCUGGGCAACCAGAAACAGUGAAAAAGGAUUUCAGUGCUGCAACGACUGUGAAAAGCAACAGCGGUGAAUCCGGGGAGUGUGAAAUUCAGAAUACAGUGUGCAAGCUGCUUGAGCUACAAGGCUCCAAUAAAACUUCAGCCACACAAAGCAGCUCAAUUGUACAAACACAUAUAAAAGGCUCCGAUGUAGAGGAGCUCACAAAAGAAGAUAAAGCAGCUUUGGAUGAAGAGAAAGUUAGCAGCCAGGAGAAGGAACAAAGUGAGAUAAAAGUGACAGACAAUGAAGCAGUAGUAAAGCAGGGGGUCCUAAAUUUAACUGGGAGUGCUGAAGACAGUGGGUCAGGAUCAAUAAAAAUUUCAGGACACUUUAAUAGUGAGGUCUCACACAGAAGCACAGACGCUGCUCCCUCUGAGGGGAGCAUUGGAGUUUCUAAGGCAGCAGAAAAUGACAGUAAUAUAACAGACAAAAUGACUGCUGAUGUUAUCACAGCUCCAUCUGUUGUUUUGUCAAAGUGCCUGGAAGAGUUUGCAUCCACACCCCUUGUAGCUCCUACUCAGUCUGAGCAACCCAGUGAUCAGGUGUCAUCAUCAAAGCCCCAGGAUGAUACUGUGGUAAACCCCUCUGUGGCUGCUUCGCAGCGUGAAGAAAACUCAUUUGAAAAAGCUCCUGUCUGCACCUCUCCUGUUGAACAAUUCUCUGUGAAUACCGAGGCUGCUGAUGUGUCAGAGAGCCCUGCUCCUGGACUAGCAGGGCAAGAACCAGAGACAAACUGGAUAAAAGCACUGAAAGAAGCUGCAUCCCAAUCUCAGAGCGAACAAGUAAACACAGUGGACGCCUCAAGACCCCUCCCAUCUCUGGAGUCUCCUCAGCUAGAGUUUCUUACUCCAACCGAGGAGGUAGCUGUGCCUCUGACACAAGAGGAGAUCCCACCACCGGAACAAGCAGCAGAGAAGACAACAGAGAUCCAACCUCGAAAUCUGCUGAAGAAGCCAGUAGACCUUCCUGAGCCUUUAAAAAAGACAACAGAUCUCCCAGAGCCAACACAGCAGACAGGAGAGCUUUACAAACCAACACAGAGCACAAAAGUAGAGUUCCUGGAAGAAGCAAACAAAGGUGAGCUCUCAGAACCAACCAAGAAAGAAGAAGAGCCUCCAUAUGAGUUUCCAGAAGAAAAGAAGCCAAUAACUUCUCUGGAGGAAGCAGCUGAGAUCUUAGAAUCGACAAAAAGGCCAGAGGAGAUCCCAGAACCAACGAAAAAUGGAGCAGAAUCCGUAGAGCCAACAAAGAAUGAGGAACCAGAACCAACACAGGCGACAACAGAGACCAUUCAACCAGAGGAGGAACUGAUCAGUGAGCUGACAGAGGAGCAAGAGGAAAAACCAGUAGAGAUCCCACCUGUGGAGCCAUUUACAGUCCCAGCUGAGAAAACUGCAGUGACCGAAACAGUCCAGGAUCCUGCUGAGGAGCUACAAGACAGUGGGCCCUCCCUCGCUGAACAGGCGGAGAGAGGUCACCCUGCCCAGCCCGCCUCUCCCCCGUCUCCUACCUUUGACCACCACAUCCUUCCUGCCCUGCCUCCACACCUCCAAGACACAGCAGAGAUCCCUACUCUUUCUCUCGCACCCCCGGAGAGCCGCGCACUCGAAGCUCUACCGACCCCACCUGUGUCCCCCUGCCUUCCUCCUCCAGCUCCUGAAUCCCCUCCUGCACCUCCUACUCCCCACUGUGAAGACCUUCCCCCUGCUCCUGCACCCUGCCAGGUCCCUAUAAGGAGCUCAGACUCUGAUGGAGCUUUUGAAACCCCAGAAUCUACAACUCCAGUGAAGGCUGCUUCUCCCACUGAGCCUCAGAAAGAACAACUAACAUCUAAUGACAAAGUCCCAGACACCUCAGUCGAUAAUCCUGACUCUGACUUGACUAUAGCUGAUGCACCCUCUCGCUCUCCAUCCAUUGCUUUUGAUGAAAACAAGCCCAUUGCUGCCAGUGGUACCUAUAACAUCGACUUUGUUGCUACAGAGCCAACAAGUCACACUCUAACCCGCUCCCUCAGCCUCCAGGGAGGAGAACUAGACAGUUCCAGUCUGUUGGACGGAUCAGUGUCAGGAGGUUUCCGUCCACAUUCUGAAUCCUUCAGUGUAGGUACCGAGAGUGCACCAGGGACACUCCGUAGGCCCAAGAAAGUCCGUCCUGGAUCUGUAAAGAAGAAGCCUCUCCUCAGACAAAAUUCCAACCCAGAGAGCCCAAGGCCAGCCUCAUCCAGCAGCACCCCAGAAAUCAAGAAGCGAGCAAAGCCUCGCACUGCCAGCCCUCUCCAAGCUCAGGAGGAAACCGAAGCAGGCUCUGCCACACCAAGUCCUGGAGGAACUCUCAGAAGAACCAGGAAGAACCGUGUGGAGACUCCUCCUCCUCUGCCAGAGGAGACGAGUAGUACCAGCCAAGCCAGCCAAGAGAAGAGCCUUGUCAUCCCUGCCUUACCCUUGUGCCAGGAGGAGAUCCCUCUUCCUGUUAAUCUCACGGUCAACGACGAAUCCCCGAUUCCUCCUAGUGCCUCCUACAAUUGGGAUCCAGAGAAUUUUGAGAACAUCAACCCUUUCAAGACUGGAGGUAGUAAAAUUGCCAAUUCCCCUGUCUUGGGUCGCAAAGAUUCUAUCUGUGUCCCCAUCGCCACCCCUCCAGAGAGUUCCUCUCUCCCUGCUGUUGAACCAUAUCACCCCAUUCCCCCCGCUUCUCUUGAAGAACCAAUUACCAACCCAGAGGAACAACCUAUUUUACCCAAACGUCAACCAGUAAGACUGGAGUUUGAUUACUCUGAGGAGAGCUGUGAGGCUCCGCAUCAAGCCUCUCCUCCACCUAAGAAAGUGGGUAAGAAGCCUGGUGCCAAGAUGCCUCUGAGGAAACCAAAGCUGGGCCUGAAAAAGGCACCUCCAGCACAGACGGAGCAGCUGGACAACAACCCUCCGGCAACCCACAACGGCAAUGAGGAUGAAAUUCCUGGGUCCAAAGCAUCUUACAACUUUGAACCUGACAAGUGGGAUGAUCCAAAUUUCAAUCCAUUUUCUUCAAAGAAAGGCAUCGCAAACUCCCCCAAACUGUCCAGGCCGUCUUAUGAGUUUGACCCCAACAACUUUGAUGACUCCAUAGACCCUUUCAAAUCCUCCAACAAGAUGGCCAAUUCCCCUCCUAAGGCAUCGGCCUCCUUUGAGGUCUCAUCCAAUGACUAUAAUGAUAAUGAAAAUGACAACGACAACAUUGGAGAACUGCAGGACCAAAACCAGAACAAACCUGCCAAGAAGAAGAAAACUCCUAUCAAAUCUAAUACUUUCAGAGUGAAGAGGUCACCAAAGAAAUCACCAAUGUCAGAGGAUGCAACGUCUGCAGAUGAACCUUCCUCCCAUCAUGCACAGGAUGACCAUGCCACAGACGAGGAGAAGCUGGCCUCCUCCACCAGUCACAAGUGGACGGCUCUGCACGAUAUGGAUGCAGAUUUGAACUCUGACCAACAAGAAUUCCCUCAGCCAUGUGACCUUACAUCCUUUGUUAAUGAGAACAGUCUUCCUCAGGAGGCUCCAGUGCAAGACUAUGAAAUUGAGUACAUGGAGAAGAUUGGUUCCUCUUCCCCACCACUGUCUGUGAAGAAGCCAUCUUUGUACUUGAAGUUGGACUCAGUAUCUGACAGCUUAACCAAAAACACAUGUGCACAUGGAUCUGAGCCCAGCUCUCCCUGCACAGGGAGUUUUGAGGAGAUGGAGGCCCAGAUAACAGCAGGUAUGAAGACACCAGUGCUGAGUCCACGGCCUGGUCCCGAGGGCUCCGCUGGGGACAAGGGCAGGAAGAGAGAAAGCGAAGCCCUCAGCCGAACGCAGAGCACAGAGAGGGAUGAGCAGCCCCAUAGCCAGGGCCCUGUGGAGGCCCCUGCUCCAGCCCUGGCCAUGCCCCUGUUAGACAUGCUGUCUGAGUGUGACGACCCCCUGCAGUACCUGGAGCCCGACCUGGCUGAGACCAACCCCACUGCAUUCGCCCAAAAACUCCAGGAGGAGCUGGUGCUUGCUGCCCUGAGGAUAGAGGCUCUGCAGGUAGCCAAAAACAUCUCUCAGUGCCCCUCCCUCUCCACUGUAACCCCCCAGCACAGAGAUGUGGCAUCUUCAAUAGAGAGUGCUGUGUCUAAGAACUCACUGUACGCCAGGACCACCACCACCACCACCAACAAUACCAGCUACAUCGAAGGAGAGAGUCCCCACCUGCCCAGAGACCUGGACCACUCUUUGGGAAUUGCACGAGAGGAGAUUGUGUCAAAGGAGAAAGAGGUGCUGGAGUGGCAGAAGAAGUAUGAAGACAGCCGGCAGGAAGUGGUGGAGAUGAGGAGAAUUGUUGCUGAGUAUGAGAAGACAAUUGCCCAGAUGAUAGAGGAUGACCAGAAAGAGAAAUCUCUCUCCCACCACACCAUCCAGCAGCUGAUCAUGGAAAAGGACCAGGCCCUGGCCGACCUCAACUCUGUGGAGAAGUCUCUGGCCGACCUCUUCCGUCGUUACGAGAAGAUGAAAGACGUGCUGGAGGGCUUCCGCAAGAAUGAAGACGUAUUGAAAAAGUGCGCUCAGGAGUAUCUGUCCAGGGUCCGCAAGGAGGAGCAGCGAUAUCAGGCCCUGAAGAUUCAUGCGGAGGAGAAAUUAGACAAGGCCAAUUCAGAGAUAGCUCAGGUGCGGGCCAAGGCCAAGCAGGAGCAAGUUGCCUACCAGGCCAGUCUGAGGAAGGAGCAGAUGAAGGUGGACUCUCUGGAACGCACUUUAGAGCAAAAGAACAAAGAGAUUGAGGAGCUGACAAAGAUCUGUGACGAGCUGAUCGCCAAGAUGGGGAAGAGUUAGCAGCCGCACCACAGCCUUGCCAAAUCUCACAGAUACAAAGAGCGGUUCUUCAAAUGAAGUCAAUCGCUCUUCCAAGAACUGACAGACAUUUAAGGCCAAAGUGGUCUUGGGGUUUUAUUUCCUACUGACUUUGUGUAUACAGGAUCCACAGGAAUGGCUUCCUCUUAAUUAAUCUGUACAUUUUUGAUGUGUCAGUGUAUCGUGCUGUAUCGGGGGUCUGGUUUAAAGUUUUAGAAAAUUUAUCAUAUCAUUAAUGAGUGUGUACGUGUGCGUGAGUGCGUGUAUGAUAACGAGAAAGUGCAAGCAUUGUUUGUGGGUUAAAUUAUCUAUUAUGAUGUUGCCAUGACAGCCACUGAGGGAGAAGACUGUUUACCCACUCCUGUUAUUGUCUCCUGUUAAUACGAGAGAAAGAUAGACCAGAUGCUUAGAUUUAUUCAUAACAUGUCGACACACUAAGAGAACACAAACUAUCACAAUAGCUUCUUGCAUGUGAGAGAGAAAGAAAAACUUUUAAUGUUAACGUUUGUAUAUACCGUAGGAAAUUCCAAGUAUGAAAAAGACUCAUCUGCAUUUUUGAUAGUUAUUCUGUCACCCUCUGCCCGCUUCCCUCACGUAACCUUGUAGAUAUUUGUCAUACUUGUCAUAGCUUUUUUCGAUGAAAUCGUGGAACUUUAUUUUUUGGAUUUUAUUUUGAUAUAAAGCAAACUAAUCGUGACUGUAUUCAGUUGUGACCGGGAGUAAUUUAAUUUCGGAUGGAUAUGUCCUAGUCCUGCAAUGGUCGUUUGUCACACUGAGGGAUAACUUCUCUGCACAGCUACUGUACAGCAUCUGCUUACAAAGUGCAAUAAAAGAUGGCAAUACAG